CGAGCCAUCAAACCAACACUUCAUCAGAUCGAACCGAGCCAGAUUGACCGGAGCCGAGAACCGAGGCAACGAGGGAUCGCGCGAGAAAAAUUCAGAGGAAAUCGGCAGCGAUCGGGAGGCGCGGCGAUGUUCUUCUUCUUCGUAGGCGGCGUGGAGCAGGGCGCGGGGCGGGUGCUCAAGGAGGCGGCCGGGCGGUGCGUGCGCUGCGGCGGCGCGGCCGACCUGGUGGAGACCGAGAAGGUGCUCAAGCUCUUCUUCGUCCCCGCGUGGCGGUGGCCGGGCAAGGACCCCGCCUACCUCUGCCGCGACUGCGGCCUCCUCGCGCCGGGGUCCCACGGCGCCGGCGGCGGGGAGCUCCUCCCCCGCGCGGGGGCGGGGCAGUGCGGCGCGUGCAGCCGCGCCGUCGACCCGCAGUUCCGCUUCUGCCCCUUCUGCGGCUCCGCGCUGUGAAGCGCGCCAUGGAUGGAUGCGCGUUGCAGGCCACGGCCCAGAGAGGAGCAGAGGUGAUGAUCCUCUCUCUCUCUCUGAACUCUCAAGACAGUAGUAGUACUAGGGUUGUGCAGCAGAGUUGUCAGUUAGCUUCUGGUUCUGCGAAAGUUGUGCUAACCUGUGUGGAUGUAAAUUUGGUGAAAUGUUUGUAAUAAACGAGACCGAUAAAAUUCGUCGCA